AUGUCCCUCACGCUAGAGAAGAUCCUGGCUCCUACGCCAGCGAUCAACCCCCUUGGGUCUGACGAGGGCCUGCAACCAACCCAGCUCUCCGUCGACAGCAAAGGCGAGCGGAUCGCAUACGCUUCCGGGAAAUCCAUCUUCGUGCGAUCUAUCGACGAGCCGUCCCUCUGCAAACAGUACAACGGGCACAAGAACGCCACGACCACCAUUGCUCGAUUCUCCCCCAGCGGAUUCUACAUAGCUAGCGGUGAUCGAACUGGCGCCGUGAAAGUCUGGGAUGCUAUUGAGGCUGUCAACACCAAAGGCGAAUACCAUAUUAUCUCUGGGCCCAUCAAGGACAUUGCGUGGGACGGUGACUCGCAGCGCAUCAUUGCUGUAGGCAAGGGCAGCGAGCGUUUCGGCGCUUGCAUUACUGCCGAUAGCGGCAACUCCGUGGGUGAGAUCAGCGGCCACUCCAAGUCCAUCAACGCUGUUGCUCUGCGCCAGCAGCGCCCACUCCGCGCCGCCACCGUGUCUGACGAUGGCACAAUGUGCUUCUUCCAUGGCGCUCCCUUCAAGUUCAACUCGAAGCACGCUGACCUUCACACCAACUUUGUCUAUGGCACUGCAUUCUCUCCCGACGGCAACCACCUAGUCACGGUCGGAGCCGACAGGCGCAUCCAGCUCUAUGAUGGCAAGACUGGCGAGCCCAAGGUUCAGAUUUCGGAUGGCGAGCACAAGGGCAGUAUUCUGGCUGUAUCCUGGGCCAAGGACAGCCAGACCUUCGUCACGGCUAGUGCGGACGGUACCGUCAAGCUCUGGGGCUUGGAGGCUGGCAGCGCGAAGCACACGUGGGAGCUCGGCAGCCAACAGUUUGGUGUUGUCUAUCCCCACGGCAGGACUGAUGGUCUCAUCAUCAGCAUCAACCGUAAUGGUGAUCUGCUCUACCUGUACCCCGACAGCACCAAGCCUUCCAAGGUGAUCCAGGGUCACAACAAGAGCGUCACGGCUUUGAGCGCCGCGUCUGAUGGCAGCGGCAAGACGCUCUGGACCGGCAGCUUUGAGGGUCGCAUUUGCAAAUGGGAUGUUGGCAGCGGAGUUGGCACCACAGUCGAGGGCUCAGCGCACACGAACCAGAUCAGCCAGCUAGCGGCCGCCGAAGGUCGCGCGUAUAGCGUGGGCUGGGACGACAAGCUUCGCACCAUUGACGAGUCUACGGGCGUUCACGAAGGUGACGGCGUGUCGCUUUCUUCGCAACCGCGAGGUGUGGCCGUCUCAGGCGGGCGCGUGUUUGUCGCGACUGUGGACGGCGUCGACGUCUUUGAGGGCAACAAGCUGGUUACUGAAAAUCGCUACGGAUACAGUCCCAGCGCUAUUGCCGCCUUCGGCUCUACCAUCGCCGUGGGCGCUGGUAACUCGGUCAAGGUUUAUAAGGCGGACUCAUCUGGCAAGCUCGCCGAAAGCAAGUCGCUCGACCGGUCUACGCAUCCCAUCUCUUACUUGACCUUUUCCAGGGACGGUAAGUACCUUGCCGCCGGCAACGACAACGGCAACAUCGACCCAUAUGACACCAGCUCGUGGGAAAUUGCUGCCAAGUGCACUGAUCGCUGGGCAGCGCACAACAGGAACAAGAUUACCUGUAUCUCCUGGAACGAGGCCACAACGCACGUUGUGUCAGGAUCUCGCGGCGCAGACGUGGUGAUCUACAGCCUGGCGAGCCCCGGACGUAAGGUCAAGGCUGAAGGUGCGCACCUCGAGGGCGUCACGGGCGUGGCGUGGGUCGGCGGUGACAAGGUGGCCAGCAUCGGCGCUGAUGCGGCUGUCAAGAUCUGGGGAAUCGCCUCUCUGCCGUGA